AUGCUUUUUUUAAGUAAUGUAUUUUUUCGUUCAAAAAGUAAAAGAGUUCACAUAAAUUUAAUAUCAUCAUGUGCAAGCAAUUAUAUUUAUUCAACAUAUAUCUCUCCUAAUAAAUCAAAAUUUAGAUUAUCAUUAAGAAAGCAUGAUCCAGUAGUUAACCGACAUGUGAUGUUUUAUCAAAAACACAUGAAAUCAAAAUCAAAAAAAAAAUUAUCAUUGCAUGGAAUUAAUUAUGCUCGUUUUACAGGGAAAAAUAAAAACUUAAGACCUCUUUUAAAAAGAGUUGAAAAAGCCUAUCUCUAUGGAAAAUUUAACAAAUUAGUAGACAAUACAUAUAGGAGUUUACCAAGAAUGAGCUAA